AUGGACAAAAGAACAUUGACAAUGAAUUGGGAUGGGUUGGGAGAAGACGAUGACGACGACCGGUUCUUCGAGUCACGUGACCGGCUUUCCUCUGCCAUUCCCCUGGACUUGGCCUCUUCGGGAUCCGACGACGACGCCGACGAAUUCGAAGACAGCCGGCUGUCAUUCGUCUCCAGCAUUUCCUCAAAGUCGUACACUUCUUCCGCCAACAAUUUCCAUGAAGUCAACGCGGUGGCGAAUUAUCCCCCGAUUCUGGGGGAUUACGGGAUGUGGAUGGCGGAGCCGGGCGAUAUUAAGGAGCGCCGGAAGCGGCUCUUACAAGGGAUGGGCUUAGCAAGCAACAAGAACCUCCUUAAGAUCGCCAGUGCCAAACUGGUUCGGGCAGUUUCCCGGAAACCCGAAACUGGUCAUCCGGCUCCGGCGGUGAAGAAGGAAUCUCGCCCCCCGGCGAAAGAUGAACCGAAGCAGGAUUCCCCUGAUUCGAGUCCAAUUUUGCUGGUGAGAUCGAGAUCAGACGGGGAUAUUGAAGCCUUUUCUGUUAACACCAAGAAAAGGAAAGAGGAAUUAAUCGGUCCUGUUUCGAAACAACGGCUCACUAGGACAUCAUCCUUGAUUAUUACACCCAAUUCAGGUUUGUGUCCUUAUGCAAAUAAUGUAAAAGCAACCCCUCAAAAGAUCACAUGUAAAUCACCCAACAGCGGAUUGUUAUCAUCCAUGUUUUCAGAUGGCGGAAUCGGUUCUUUCUUCUUGAUAAAGAAUCUGGACACUGGGAAGGAGUUUAUUGUGAAGGAAUAUAAUGAACAGGGAAUGUGGAAUAAGCUCAGCGAUGUGGAAACAGGGAAGCAGCUUACAAUGGAAGAAUUUGAGAAAUCUGUUGGAUAUUCGCCUGUGGUUAAAGAGUUGAUGCGGAGGGAAAAUGUAUCGAGGAAUCUGGACGAUGAUAACCGGAAAAUUUCUGCAAAUUCUUAUCUAAGAGCGAGCUUUAGGAACAGUAAAAGAAGAGGGGUUGCUCUUUUGAAGAACAUUAGAGGAGUAGCUAAUAGCAUGAGUGGAUUGAUUGCUGAUAAAGAAAGGGAAGCUGUUCCAAUUCCAGAACAGAAAGCUAGAGUAAAAGAUUCUUCCCAAUGGGUUAAAGUUCGACAGCAUGGAAAAUCUUGUAAGGAGUUCACGGCUCUUCAUUUGUGCCAAGAGAUUCAGGCUCAUGAAGGCUCAAUUUGGACUGUCAAAUUCAGUACCGAUGCCCGUUAUCUUGCUACUGCAGGGGAAGAUAGGAUGAUCCACAUAUGGGAAGUGCAAGAAUGUGAAGUUGCCUCAACGAAAUCGCAAGAUGAGGUGAAUUCUGCCAGUUCCACGCCUGUCCACCCGAUGGCCGCUUCUGCCAUAGCAGACAGGCCGCCCCUCGCCGAGGUAACUCCCCGGCCAUCUGAAAAGCGGAAAAAAGGAAAACAUACAAGCAAAAAGAAGGGUAUCCCUGAUUAUGCCCAUGUGCCGGAAACAGUAUUUGCUCUUUCGGAGAAACCAGUUUGCACCUUCAUAGGUCACCAGGAUGAUGUCCUGGAUCUCUCAUGGUCCCGAUAUCAGCUACUGCUUUCAUCUUCAAUGGACAAGACAGUUAGGCUGUGGGACAUGGAAACAAAAAGCUGCUUAAAAUUGUUUGCCCACAAUGAUUAUGUUACUUGCAUAGACUUCAAUCCAGUGGAUGACAAUUACUUUAUCAGCGGUUCACUGGAUGCGAAGGUGCGUAUUUGGAACAUACCUGAUCGCUACGUGGUAGACUGGACUGACGUUCAUGAAAUGGUUACUGCAGCUUGCUAUACUCCUGAUGGCCAGGGCGCAAUAAUUGGUUCGCACAAAGGAAGCUGUAGAAAAUAUACACUUGACGAUUAUAAGUUGGAGCAAAAGGAAGUCAUCGAGUUCCAGAAUAAGAAAAAGUCACAAGCUAAAAAGGUCACAGGUCUUCAGUUUGCACCAUGGAAUUCUUCUGAAAUACUCGUCACCUCUGCUGAUUCUCGGAUUCGUAUCUUGGAUGGAUCAGAAGUAAUACAUAAAUUCAGAGGUUUCAGGAAUACAAGUAGCCAGAUUUCUGCUAUAUUCAGUCCUGAUGGAAAAUAUAUAAUCAGUGCAAGCGAAGAUAAUCAGGUAUUUAUAUGGAGGCGCGGCAAUUCUAGUGGAAAAGGCAAGAGUCGGGUCACUACACAAUCUCAUGAACACUUCCAAUGUAGAGAUGUUUCAGUCGCAAUCCCAUGGCCUGGUUCCUUAAAGCAGGAUCCUCCGGUAGUCGAAAUGCAUUCCAAAAGGCAUUCCAAACGCAGCAGCCCAUUAGUGUCACAAUCAUCAGGUGGCUCUCCUAAACAUGAAGAUGCUAAUGCAAAUGGAAACAGCAGGAGGCAUUUGCCGCCACUUCCCAAGAAGAGCAACAGGGCACCUGACGCCAUCUCAAGUAUUAUUGAGGAGGAUCCUGGUAAUAGUUCCCCUCGCAUUGAUCCAGGAAUUGGUGUUAGUGAAUCCUUCGGAUCUGCUUCUCAUUCAAUGGGGUAUAAUGAUUCGCCUUCUGUUUCGACUUCUAGCAAUUACCAUUCUCAGUCUUGGUCAUCCUCUUUGUCUUUCUUUGAUGGUGGAAGUAGUCAUGGAGGUCAAACUGUUCAAGCAACAGCCUGGGGAAGUGUAAUUGUGGCUGCAACUCUAGGGGGUGAGAUUCGGGUGUAUCAAAAUUUUGGUCUGCCUUUCAAAGUUGGUCGUCAGACUAAUCUGUUCAGGGAUCUCACAUGA